AUGUCAGAACAGCCCAAAGGUGAAGAUCAAGAAAAUCAGUAUGAUUACAACGAAUUUAAUAUCUUGGAGCAAAUUGGUGAAGGUGCAUAUGGAAAAAUAUAUAAAGCUAUAUGGAAUAGGGAAAUAAUUGCCCUCAAACGACCAAACCCCAGUCGAGAUAAAAAGUACAUUUGCAAAGAGAUAGAAACAAUCACGACUACUAAGAAAAAUAACUCCGGCAAACAACUUUCCAUGAUCAAAGUAAACAUUAAAGUGGUCAAUCCAUCUAUUAAAUCUUAUAAAUUUGAAUUUUCAAAUGAGGAAAAACUCAAUCAUGUACGGAAGAUGAUUCUAAACGAAGAAAAGACUAAUGAUAUAGAAUUUGAUUAUUUUGUGAAUAAAAACAAUGAACCCAUUCUUCACGAAGAAGAAUCUAAUAUAUCUUUAGAGUCAAUUUUACGGCCUUCUACUAGUAUAGACUGUUUUGAUGUUCAAAUAGUUGAUGUUUGGACAGAAUUAAUAGAGAUGAUCAAGAAAGGGUUCAUAUUCAGGAAUAAUCUAGUUGAAUAUGCGCCUAAGGCAGCAUUUAAAAUCAAUAAAGAUAAAAUUAUAUCUAAAACUCUUAAUGAUACUGAUGAACAAAAAAAAUUAUGCAAACAUGAAUUAGAUAUUUUAUGCAAUAGAAAUCUUAUUUCAUAUGGAGAUAUUUCAACUAUCUUACCUUGGCUUUCUAUUUUUCUUGGAAUGCCAAAGGAGUCUUCUAAGCAAAAACUCAAAGAUUUAACAUCCACAGAAAUUUUAUUGACAAAGUCAAUAAGAGCUGAAAUUUCAAUUUCAAAAGAAUGUUUAAAUUUGACUGAGAAUUUUGAAAGUGACGUUGAAAUUGCAUUGAAAUCAUGUAAUGACAAAAUAGAUUCUUGCCUUCGUGAAAUAACAAAAAAUUAUGGUUAUUUUUAUGCACGGCGUAUUGUUUUUGGAGGAGCUAUAAUAAAAGAGUCUGAUAGUUCAAAAGAUCCUAGCAAUAUUUCUUCAAUGCCAGAGUUGCUUUUAUCACUCAAAGAUUUUAAAAAUUGGAAAAUAAUUGAAUACAGUGAUAUUUAUCCAAUAUUUGAUCUGUUAGAUGAUGAUUUAAGAAAGAAGGUUUUGGACGUGUUGGGUUAUCGAAUUUUAAAAGAAUUAAGUAAAAUUACAAAUAUUCAAGAUUGUCAUAUAUUUGCUUCAAUAAUGAACAAAAACGAAGGUGUUUAUUCUUUAAGAAUAGAAUAUAUUAACGACGAAAAUAGUCCAGCAAUCGUAGUUCAUAAUAUCACAAGUAAAAGAAUUCAACAUAAAUAUUUACAAAUCGGGUGGAUUAUUGUUGGUCAACCAAAUAAUUUUGAUUUUGAUAUUGCUCAGACCGAAUAUCCUAUCGUGCUCAAAAGUAAAAAAUACUCUGUCUCUUCUAAAUUAGGUAAACAUUAUAAGGUUGAAAUUCCAAAAUGUGAUAAUUCUUAUAUAAUGAGCACAUGCAUACUUGAAGCUGCAUCUGAAACAACCAAAGAAACAUUUGUUGUUGGUGCACAUAUUAUUCCUUCUAGUCAUUCAGCUUGCAUAUUUAUUCAUGAUCUUAAAGAUGAUUUGGUCAAUGUUUUUCUAUACUUGUUUGGCAGUACUAUCGAUGUUAAUCAAGAAUGUAACGCUGGUCAGAUGGAUAUUAAUUGGACAAAGAGCAAAACUGAAUCAAAUAUAUUUCGUGGCACCGAAAAGGAUAAUUGUACCAUUUUUCCUGGAAAUAGCAAUUUUGAACAAGCUGAGCCUUCUUCACAUAAUGAAAAAAUAAUACUAGUGAAUCAAUUUUUUGAAAAUUGUUGUAAUCACGGUUUUGUCAAUGUCAAUUAUAAAGAAAUUAUUUAUAAAGCUCUAGGCACACCAUCUUUGGAAUCUGAAAGGAUAGAAUUUAUUAUACUAAAUUAUAAACACAGUCAAUCCUCCAUAAGUAAAUCAUAA